UCGUAAUGACUUUGGGGGAUCCCCCUGCUGUAUAUCCAGCUCCACCAGCAAGUUUUCACUUAUCAUGUGAAAUAAUAUAUAUUCAAUGGAUGAACAGGCUGAUACUUUGGCAAUGACCUCUGUGGUCCCCAAAGGACCUCAUUUUCCUUUGUCUUUUUCUGAAAUAUUUCAAAAACGAUUUGAGUCUGUGAAAUAUGGCACUCAUUGCCCCCUCAGGAGAAAAAGUAAUAAUCUUGGUGAUCCCUUAACACAAUCUUAUAUAGAGCCAAUUACAGGAAAAAAAUUGUCAUAGUCGAAUUCCUCUAAUACUUGAGACCUUAACUGUACUGUAGUUUAUUGGUUACCGUAAUCACUAUUUAUGAAGAUUUACUGUACAUGUUGAUCAUGUAAGCCGGCUGAUAUAAGCCUCUGGAUCAAUGCACCACUGUGCUUAAGUGCAGCCUCCAAUAACUGCUGGAGUAGCUGUUUACCCUUAGUUUGAAAAACAGACUAAAUUUAACUUGAAAAGGUGACGAGCACUCAUCUGUUAUUUUGGAGACAAGUUUGAUUCUUUUGGAAACAACUUGAAAUAUUCUCACUGCGCUGACAGAUUUUCUUCACUCUUGUCGAGAGGUAUCAGGUCUUAAUAAUAGACAGAAAUGGCUUGAAAAGACUGACUUUUUUUUUUGCAGCAGUUAAGCAGAAGCAGAAUUAUCCCAAGCACCUUCACUGUCAGGGUAACAUUAAAACAAGAGAGAGACAGCUGAGAGGAGAAACGACACAAAGGGAAGCAACAGUGGGAGGAGUGGGAGCAGACACUGUGGACACAGAUGAGGAGAAUAAGAUAGAGGGGUGGAAAAAAAAAGAGAGCACAGAUGAGAUGACAGAGGAGAGGGAGGAGGAGAGAUUUGGGGAGGGGGUGUUGCUGUUAAGGAUGGGUGGAGGCUUUGUAAAUGUGAGAGGCUGGAGGCACAUUUAAAUUCAGGCUGUGUGUCUCCUGCGCUAGCCGAAUGUUACCUGCUCUAGCAUGGCAACAGAAAGAGAGAGAGAGAGAGUCAGGGUUUCAGCUGCAGCCUCCACACAUACACACACACACACACACACACACACACACACAGACAAAAACACACACACACACACACACACACACACACACACGUGCACAGACAGCCACAACAGGAGUGCAAGGAGUGACUCAGGUAAGCUCCUGAUGAGAGAGAGAGGGAGCAGCGUGGUUGAGAGAGAGAGGGAGAGAAACUGGAGGAGGAGGAGCUACAGAGCUGAGAUUUUUUAGGAAGGAGGAAGAAAAAGAAGGAAUUGCAUAGAAACCCCUGAAAAUCUCUGUAUGUGGACUCCUUGGGUGGGCUUACAGGGGAAGGAGAGACGGGGGAUGCUGCAGACGCAGAUGUGGAGGGAUGCGAAAGCUCUGAUUGGAUAAAUCUGACAGACUAGAGAGACACACACAGAGAGAGGAAAAUGACAUUUAGUUUUUUGUAGCAGGACUGUUCGGGGGGCUUAAGCUGGGGGAGGCUGGAAGGGAGGUUUGCAGACAGGGGUGAGUCGGGACAGAGGAGGGGGUGAGGCGAGGUGAACAGACACAGGAUGGCAGAUGGACCACCUGUCCUUCUGAGACGAGGACUUUAGAGAUGUUAUGAGACAUUUGGCAUCCUGAUCACUUGGACUCCUCUGAGGGACCAGCAUCCACACUGCCCUCGCAGGCGCUCCUCCUCUGUAAAGAACCUGUGAGCACAAGAAAUUUGACUCUUUAUUUUUGGCUCCCGGGAUCCCUAACUUCCCCGAAGAGCUGCGAUCAGGUGGAUCACCUGUGCCAUGAGGAUCCUGGCCUGAGACGACCCCCUUAAAGAGGCUCCAUCGGCCGGCCCCCCUCCUCUCCCCACCACCUGGAUGUCUUGAUGUAUUGCUGUGGGCUGGGACACUGGCGGAGAGUGCAGUCCACCUAUGGAGAGCGUCAGGACACGGAUGCCUUCGAGGAAAGAAACGCCCAGGUGCAGCUGGAGAAGGCCAAGUACAAGCCCGUGGCAUUCGCAGUACGUUGCAACUUUUCAUAUACGCCAGCAGAGGACGACAACGUUCCUGUCCCCGGCCAGGCCGUCACCUUCGAGGCACGAGACUUCCUGCACGUCAAAGAGAAGUUUAACAAUGAGUGGUGGAUCGGGCGGCCGGUGAAGGAGGAUGGUGUGGUGGGCUUCAUCCCCAGUCCAGUCAACCUGGAAACCAUUCUCAUCAGAAGAGAAGUCCAGGCGAGGAAAGCUGCCAAGGCCUUAGCCAACAAAGCAGCAUCUCAAGUAACUCAAGAUAUGAACUCAAAGAAAUACACUCCUCCAUCACAAGCCAAUCAGCAGGUCAAAAAGAAACCAGGGGAGCAGGUGUCGAUGUAUGAUGUAGUGCCUACAAUGCGUCCUGUGGUUCUAAUGGGACCAUCGCUGAAGGGCUUAGAGGUUACAGAUAUGAUGCAGAAAGCUCUAUUUGACUAUUUAAAACAUCGAUUUGAAGGCAGAAUCACUAUUACCCGGGUCACAGCAGACAUCUCUCUGGCUAAACGGUCCAUUCUCAACAACCCAGGCAAAAAGGCCUUAAUGGACCGGUCUAACACCCGCUCCAAUUUAGCUCAGAUCCAGGGCGAGGUGGAGCGAAUCUUUGAGUUGGCCCGCAGCCUGCAGCUGGUGGUUUUAGAUGCAGACACAAUAAACCAUCCUCUCCAGGUGGCCAAGACCUCACUGGCACCCAUCCUGGUCUAUGUCAAGAUCUCCUCACCAAAGGUGUUGACGAGACUGAUCAAAACUAGAGGGAAGUCACAAACCAAACAUCUCAAUGUUCAGCUGGUGGCAGCAGACAAGCUCGCUCAAUGCCCGCCGGAAAUGUUUGAUGUCAUCUUAGAUGAGAACCAGCUAACGGAUGCCUGUGAGCACAUCGCUGAUUAUCUGGAGUCUUACUGGAGAGCCACUCACCCGCCAGAGAUGGAGCCUGCCAACGCACUGGUGGCUGGGCUGGUCGAGAACACACUGCCCACCAACCCAACAGGAAUGCAGGACGGGCAGAAAAACAAGAAGUCAGCUGCGCCCAAGAGGAAGGGUUCCCGGGAGAACCAUCUAGAGGAGGAGCCCCCUUCAGCCCCGGCGCAGGAGCAGAGGGCUGAGGAUGGCCAAAAAGAGGAGGAGGAGCGGCUUCUGAGGACUGAACCAAAGAGACCCCAGCACACCCACCACCACCAUCACCAUCAUCACAACCGCCGGAUGGAGCACCACGGCCAGAACAACCAAACAUCGGGAGGAGCAGAGGUACAGUCCAGCAGGGAGUACAGCCAGAGGAUUCACCGCAGGCACAUGCCGGAGGAACGGGAGGAGGAGGAGGAGGAGGAGGAGGUGGUGGUGGUGGAGGAUGUGGUGGAGGAGGAUGAGGAGGAGACUCGUUAUAACCACCGGGGCCAUAACCACCAGCAUCACAACAGCAACCAUCAUCAUCAUCACCACCACCACCACCAACAUCACCACCGGGGGAGCAACCAGCCACACUCCGGGCAGGACUAUGAGCAGGAGCACAACGAACGCAACCGGCAGCACAGACAUCACCAGCAUGUUUCAACACGGACACAACACACAGAUCACUAUCCUGCACACAAUCAUCACAACUACCACCACUAUCAGGGCAGAGACAGAGAUAGAGACAGAGACAGAGACAGAGACAAAGACAGAUACAGAGAUAGAGACAGAGAUAGAGACAGAGACAGAGACAGAGACAGAGAAAAAUACAAGGACAGAGAAAGAGACAGAGAGAGGGAUCAUGGUAGAGAACGAGACAGAGAUGCACGACAGUGGCACAGGGAUUCCUACAUACACCAGUGACUGAUGCCCCCCCCCCCCCUGUGUUGGUGCAAGGUUUCAUGCUGCUCAAUUAUAAUGCACUAAUGAAUGGGGCACAGUGUGUCAUAUUUGUAGAAAAUGUUUCUCUAAAAAUGUAUUUGCCAGUUUACUUUACCUUUUUCCACCCAACAAUUUUCUUAUUAACAUGAAUAUUUCCCCUUAUUUCAGCUUAUUUUCCACUUACACAUUUGGCUCCAAUUGUGUGGAUUUUUGCACAAACACAAGUCAUAAUAAAUGCAACGUAAUGUUCUGGAGAUUUUGACGUCGCUGAUUAUGGAAGCCACAAACAGUCAUGGUUGCCGUAGUUUGAUUAAAACCAUUAUUGGGUGCAUGUGUUUUUGUUUUGUUUUGUUGAAAUAACAGGAUAACUCCACCUCUAAUUUAUCAGGUAUAACUCUAAUUUACACCUAGCCUAAACGAAUGCAGUCCAAUGCAAACAUCCUGUAGUAAAACCUUAUGCAUUCAAUUCAUUAUUUAAUUGGGAAGUUAUGAUGUGUGUGAAUCAUUUUUUUGGAUUUUGUUUUGCUGUUUGUACUAUAUUGUUUGACUCUAACAGCCUUUCACUAAGCAAACCCUCAUUGACAUAAAUAGUGAAGACACAACUCAUCUAUAAAAUCACAGAUAAGAGCCUCCAAAAUGAUGAUCAACACAUUAAAUCAUUAAACACAAUUAACAGAUGGCCUCCAUGAAAAUAAGACUCAUUGCAGGACUGUCAGAUAUGACAACCUUAAUUGGAACUUGAUGUGUGAUAUAAAUAUUUAGCCUAUCUAAAGCCUGACAUACACUGUAUUAUUUCAACCUGAUUUAGGCCUGAUAUUAGAGUUGUACAUCUAUUUUUUUAGUUUGAAUUUCAACCCCCCCCCCCACCACAAUGUGAGCUGACAUUCCACUACCAAUUUUACACAAUCAUACAGUGUAUGUAAGGCUUCAAGAAUAAGGUGUUUUACAACAUAGCAAAUUGAUGAUUUCUAAACUUAAUUAACUAACUGCCACAAAAAUAAGGAAUGAUUUAUCUUAAUUAA